GAUAGCAUAGCCGACGCUGGAGCAUAGAAUCAUUUGUUAGGCUACAUCUGCGCGAAUGGCGGUGCUGGACUACUGUUAUUUUAGAAUAAAGGUUUCCAUACAUUUUAUUUUGUAUUUAACUUAGUGCCUUGGUUAUUUCUUCUUAAAAACCCAGUGUACAUUUCAUUUUUUGUGCUUGGAUUUUGUAAAGAGCUGGAUUUCAUAUUUUGUUCCAAGAAAAUUCCAUCCAUCAAUUAGACCAAAUAUUCUGUGAUUAAAGGCAAAUAAAAGCAAUGUUGAACACAUUAACCAGACAUCAGGAUUAUACGGAAGUUUCUAGUGAACAUACGAACCACCUGAAAAUUCAUUUUGAAAACAGAUUUUUCGCACCACUGUGAUUCAGUUGAUCGCCCGUGCAGGACUAACGCUACGGGGAUUCAAGCUUUAGGCUUUGUUUGUAGUUUUCAGUCGUUGUUGUGGAUAUAACCAAGCAAGCAUUACUUUCGGAUUUCUUAUUUUUGGCUUUAAAAAGGUUUGCCAUCGGUGAUAACAUCCUUAUUCACACAACUAUUGUUAAAGGAUUCAUAGAAGCAGCUGCUAGCUAUCUCAAGAUGAUGUUUCGUCGAAAAAAAGUAUUGCUGGAAUGAGAACAUCCCUUAGAACUAUUUCCCAGCCCGACACAUUCAGCAGGCAAGUCCCCUCAGUGAUCACAUUGGACCAGACCAGGUCUGGUCCUAGGACCACCAAUGAAUAUGUGGAUAGCCCCCGCGCUCAGCCUCCACUUCCACUCAAGCCCCAGCUUGUCACACUAGUUGGGGUUGGGAGCAGCUCGCCAGGAUUCGCCCACAGGAUCAGCCACACCACCCGGGGAGCCCUGACGCCCACCCCCUCACCGGUUGUCUCGCAGCAACCAGCGUCCAAAUCUCCGCCUCUGAAGGAACCGGUGAAUUUACUAGAUGGGACCAGAGGCGGGGAUGGGGGUGCCAACGGUGGGAGCGCCCUGGCCAGAGCUGGACUUAACCACGGAGAAGGUAUUAUUUGUGAGCAGUGCGGCAAGUGUCAGUGUGAGUCGUGCACGGAGCCGCGCUCGCUGCCGUCGCACUGGUGCUGCCGCAACACCUGUGAGGUGAGCCCGGACAACGUGCUGGAGGUGUGCACAUGUUUCUGUUGUGUGAAGUGCAUGUUCUACCACUGCGGGGCGGAGGAGGAUAACCCGUGCUACGAGAACCCGUGCGGGUGCUGUUCGACGCCCCACUGCUGCCAGCGAUGGACUGUGAUGGGGAUGAUGUCACUCUGCCUCCCCUGCUUAUGGACUUACUGGCCGGCCAAGGCGUGUCUGGCCGCUAGCACUUCCUGCUACAGGAGGUGCAGGCGCAAAGGUUGUCAGUGCAAUGUGAAACAUGAUAAGACUUCUGUGCUUUCAGUUGGAGGAGUAAGUGGCGGAGUCGGUAGCAGUGUAGGUGGAGGCGUAGGCAUUGGGGGUCACUCCAAACAUUCGCAGACACGGCGGCUUUUGAUAGAGUCAGACUCAUCCAGUGCGUAAUAGUGAUAUCAGUUUCUUUAUUUCUGAUUCUGUUUGAAUCUCGGGGGUUUAUUUUUAAAAAAUAACUAUUAUUUAUUAUAACUAUUAAUGUUGUUAUUAUUAUCGCUACUGUUGUUAGUCUAUUACUUGUCUAUUUGGAUGUCCUUUAAGCCACGGUGUACUCUCUACCACUAGAAGUAUUACUGUGGAGUUUUUUCUUUACCAUGCUGAAUAUUCUUUGGUAGCCGAGUGAGAACAUAUUCAAUACACAAACCCAUGGAGCUGUUUCCAAACAAUCAUUCGGAUUGCAUUCUCAUGGAGCUUGUUGAUAUAGACCAAUCCUCCUUACUAGUCAAUGAACAAAGUGGAUAUAUCGACACUUUUUUCUGUUACCAUAGUGAUGUAUUUAAAACAAAAGUUGGUUUGCUGUUGUUACUUGUAAGUAAAGACAGAAAAUUAUAUUUCAGUUAAACAAAAACAUUUUGCUCAUAUUGAGGUUAUUAAUUUUUUUGAGAAUUAUCGAGAAAAAAAAAUGGCGGUUGGAAUUGUUUUUCAUUAUUUUUCACUCAUGUAGUUGUUGGUUUUAUUUAAUGACGUUACUUGUGUAUUAGUAUGCUUCUUUGUUGUGAACUUAACUCAUGCGUAUAGUGAUCAGCUCUUUGGACUGAAUUCAACUGAAAUGUAAAAAAACAACAUGAAUUUGUAGUUUAAAUUAUUGCAUUACCUGAGAGGUCAAUAGUAUAUAAAUGCUCAAAGACCUGUUCGUGAUGAUGAGUUUAUUAAAAAAACAAACCACAAAGCCGUUUUAGUGCCAAUGAAUGAAACAACAUAUAGGUUGUAGUCAAAUUAGUAAUAGAAUCUUGUAACUGUUAGUAGCGUAGAUUUUACUAAUGUUUAUUACAAGCAAAGAAUAGCUAGUAGUUCAUUAUGCUGUUAAUUUGUAUAUAUAUAAAUAUAACAUUAGUUACAAACCAAUUGAUGUAUUAUAUGAAAUCACAUUUUUUUGGCUCUCAUUCAAAAUCAUACAUGUAGCCAUUGUGAGAAUAUAAACUUGUAUAUCAAAAAGACAGUAUUUUAUUAUGUUUUCCAACAUUAAAACAAUCCCACACAUUUUUUUUAAGCUUUCAGUUUAGUAGGUAGUAAGUCAAAAACUAGGACUGCAUUAAAUAAAAACAACCAGUUUUGUUGCUGGGGUAGUGAUCCAAUUGAUGUAACAGCCAUUAAGUUUUUUUUAGACAUCAUUGUUCAUCUUAUACCUUGUAUUCAGUGAAGUAUUAAUAUUGUUCAAAUUUUUUUUCUUGUAUCUGAGUUGUAGCUCAUCUUUUAUUUUGUAUUGAGUUAUUAUCAGCAGUUAAUUCAGAUGAAAAAUCUGUUUUUUUUUUUUUGCGUCAGUGGACUAAACAGUUUUAAAGUUAAUUGUUAUGUUUUGUAUGGUUAUAUUUGCUCUGUAAUUUUAAUCUGAUGUUCAUCAGUUCAUGUUAGCUACAAUGUUAAUAUAUUCCAAUCUUUUUUUUUAUAUAGAAAAGACCAGAUCUUCCUAUAUCCUAUAGAAUUAUACUUAUAAAUAACAGGGCUUCUCAAAUUUUCUUUUUUUACAUGACACCCAUUACUAAAUUUAGAAAAAAAUGACGCAGCCCUAAUUUUUCCCCAUAUAUUAAAAUGGAUUCGAGACAAUAUUUAAAUUUCUUUCAUCCAACUGUUGUACAAUCCAGUCUGGGGUCAUGGCGUUUACUUUGAGAACCUCUUCAUAACCAUGUACCUGUGUUUUUCGCCUCAGUGUUGAUCACUGUUCAGUGUUACUUCUCCUAUUUAAAUGGCAUUUGUAGACUCCCACUACUGUACAUUACAACUACAUUCAUCCAUGUUGAGUAUACCAUUGUCCCCCUUCUCCCCCUCCCCCCAGCGCUGCUCACACAUACAUACGUGCUCUGGUUAAACAUACACAACUUCACAUACAUGCUGGUUGUCAAUCGACAGUGACCACUUUUUUAACAGUUUGACUCUCAUAGUAAAAGAAAAAAAUUAAAGGAAAAUCUAAACAAAAAAACACAAGGCAUCUAAAGAUAGAUGACUUUAUAUAGGUUGUAGUUGGUAGUUUUCUUCCUGUUCUAUCAUGAGCUUAGGGUCUAUAGUGACUAGAGAUGGAGAAACUAGUUCUAAUAAGCAGUACAAUAACUUUCUUUAUGGUCCACAGUGAAUGGAAAUAUUUAUUAUUUAUUUCACUUUAAUCCUUCACAAUGAAACAAGUAUCUCUAGAGGAAUGCUUUAGUCCACUGUUCAGCAUCAUCUAUUGGCAUAUGUAUAUAUAUGCAUCUAUGUUUAUACACAUGUUGUUAUAUUUAAUAUACAUAGAUGCAUAUAUAUAAACAUGAUGAGCUUAAACCACGCCAGUACCAGCGACUCUGUACGGUCUUGGUGGCUCAUUAGUGUCUGAUGUGCAUGGAGUUGUCUGGCCAUCAUUUGGUCAUUUACAACACUGGUCAGUGAUGUCCGAGUGGUGGACUUUGUUGUGGUCAUCUACCACAUUGGUCACUGAUGGACUGUUGUGGUCAGUGAUGGACUGUGGUUGUCAUCUACAACAUUGGUCAGUGAUGGACUGUUGUGGUCAUCUACAACAUUGGUCAGUGAUAGACUGUUGUGGUCAUCUACAACAUUGGUCAGUGAUGGACUGUUGUGGUCAUCUACAACAUUGGUCAGUGAUGGACUGUUGUGGUCAUCUACAACAUUGGUCAGUGAUGGACUGUUGUGGUCAUCUACAACAUUGGUCAGUGAUGGACUGUUGUGGUCAUCUACAACAUUGGUCAGUGAUAGACUGUUGUGGUCAUCUACAACAUUGGUCAGUGAUGGACUGUUGUGGUCAUCUACAACAUUGGUCAGUGAUAGACUGUUGUGGUCAUCUACAACAUUGGUCAGUGAUGGACUGUUGUGGUCAUCUACAACAUUGGUCAGUGAUGGACUGUUGUGGUCAUCUACAACAUUGGUCAGUGAUGGACUGUUGUGGUAAGCUACAACAUUGGUCAGUGAUGGACUGUUGUGGUCAAUGAUGGACUGUUUUGGUCAUCUAGAACACUGGCCAGUAUGUCCGAGUGCUGGACUUUCUAUUGCUACAACAGAUGUGAUGAUACCUGUGUACAGUCUUGUCAAAAGCUCAAACAUGUGCAUAGACAGCUGGGUUGUACUUUAGUAAGGCUGAAGAACUGUUGGCUGUGGGGGCUAAUGCUAAUGAUGGUGGUAGUUCAUGCUAGUCUAGAGUAUUGUUUGGUAGUGGUAGCUAAGGCUAGGUUAGUUUGGUCUUGGUAGUUCAGGCUAGGACAUUGUCUAGUAGUGGUAGCUAAUGCUAGGUCAGGAUGGCAGUGAUAACUUAGGCUGCUGUUCGUUUAGUAUUGAUAACUUACAUGUUUGCUAAAUGUAAAGCACUGUUUGGUAAUCUUCUUUUGAAUUCUAAGGUUAAGAAAUGUAUCCCAAGGAAGUCGUUUUGGUAACUUGCAUUGACUAUAGUGUAACUUGCUUGGCAAGCAUAAUAUUUGGUAAAUUUCUGUGUUCAGGUAAUAGGCCAACUUGGAGUAUUUUUGUGUAGGGUUGUGUUAUGGGGUUCUGUUUCCAUAGUAGGAGUAGGGUGAUGAAUAUUUUAGCUGAAGUUGGUUGUACAGUACAUACAAUGAUUUAGAUUGAUACUGAUCAGAAAAAACUAGCUCAAUGUAAAGCUACAGCAUACCUGGUGAUCUAUCGUUAAGAUACUUAGGUGUUUCCCACACCAGGUCUUUAUAUCUUCCAUUGGAGUCACACAACUCAACUCAAUUAGGUCUUUCCAUUCAUUGGUAUCUAGUCUGGCUGUCGUGUAGACAAGGUCUCAGUACUCAAGAUUCCUACUCCUCUAGACUAGUGUUGUAUCAUCUUGGCAACAAUAUACGUGUAGCCCAUUCAAAUCAGCAUUGCGUUUUAUUUUAUAUUUUUGUUCUGGUGAUAUCCCUCGGAUAGACGCAUUCAUCAUAUCCCACAACGCUGCAGGAUUCCAACUCUAGUGACCUACGGCUUGCUCUUGUUAUCUGCUGUUCUAUGACUGCUUUAAUAACAGGACACAUUUUUUUCUGUCUGCCAGGGAUGUAGUCGGUAGAGGGGGUCAUUGUAUGAUUAAGACAUGACCCCCUCUUUUUUAUAUACUCGUAUACUAGAUAACCCUGUCGUGUUUCAUAUAAAAUAUCAAAAUUGUAUAGCUAGAUGGUUUAUUUAAAAAUAAAUUGAAAUGAAGGUUGUGUGGCCUUUAGGCAGAAAUGUCAGUUAUGUGAGUUGGGGUUCUGUUGAGGGGUAUAGAUGUUGGAGAUUUGUGAGCUGGGGCUCUGUUGAGGGGUGUAGAGUGAUAUGAAGAUUACAAACACUCUACUGUGAUAUUUGUUUCGUUGGAAUUUUUUUUUUUCUUUCUUCCCUCCCAGUUUUACAAAAGUUGUCGUCAAGACUUUUGUUACGUUAUUGAGUGUCAUGUUAUCAAACAAUCUGAUAAUAUUGCCAUGCAAAUGUAAAAUGGAACAUGUACUAUAUGUAUGGUUGUAUUAAACACACUGUAAAUACUACCA